UCCACAGAGGUCUCUUUUAGGAGUCUAUACUCUAUACCACAGAACUCCAUGUACUAUCAUUACUAGCAGUUCGUUUUGCUCUAAACAUAGAAUUUGGAAUUUUUUGCAAGCGAACUGUGUCUUGAAAGCAAAAGGUGAGAAUUCUUCAUGGCUGGGUCAAAUGUUUUAAAGUUUGGAGCUCAUCUCAAGGAACUGAGAUUGCAUCUUUGUCAGAAGUCAACUCAUAGCAAGGGUGUUCGUGAUUUUAUUGAAAAGUUUUACGUACCUUUGAAGAAGAAUAAUCCUAGAUUUCCCAUUUUAAUUCGUGAAUGCAGUGGAGUUCAACCUAAAAUCUAUGCGAGAUAUGAGCAUGGAAAGGAAACCAGUGUAUCACUUGCAGAUAUGAAUGAUAAUCAAGUUUUUCAGACUUUGGAAAAGUUAUCAACAAAAUGAAAAUGGUAAAGUGAAGAUUUAAGUAAGAUAAUGAAAACACUGAAGAUGUGAAGGUUUAAAUUUUACAGAAUUACUAUGUAGUAACUACAAAACCAGAAAAAACAACAACUGUAAAAUAUAUUAGAAGAUGCUUUAGGCAUCCCAGUUAUGAGAGAGUAUUAUAGUAUGUUGCAAAUAUAAAUUAAAUUUUGAAAAUGCC